AUGUCCGCCGGCAAAUACUCAGAAAACGCAAUUCCAAAGCCAGAUCACAAAGCCAAAAAAACCUUCAGCCUUCCUCUUGACCGGCCAUCCUUCAAAACUUUCAUAGAUGACAAUAAUAUCCUUGACGACGAAGGUUAUCCACUAUUUCCCAAUGGAAAUACUGUGUUUGUAAGACAAACAGCCGAGCCAAAGGUCACAAACUGGGGCACUUUCGGGUUUGCUUAUACUUCUUCAGGAGGAGGUAGGAGCAAAGGGCCGCCCGACUGGCGAACAGUGAGAUAUACUUGUUUAGGCGUCAUUAUUGGAAUGGUUGAGCAGAGCGGAUGGGGUAUUAUUCAACACUCCGGUGUGCAUCAACAUCGAUGGCCUCGACGUGGUAAGCCAGAUAAAUUGUCAUUGGAGAAAUUUGGUAAAAAGGUUGUCGAAAACCCUGAAAUAGGGCCAUUACGACACAAGGUGGGUAGAGCUCCUGCAGGCAAGCAGGAGCUAGUCACCGCUAGCAACAUCCACCACGCCUUUGGCAACCUCCAUCGAACAGGAUAUUACCGACGGAAGCUCCUUCAGGCGGCUGGCGUAAUUCCUGAAAAGAGCCUUCCAGGCGCGGCUGGCAAUUUCAUCUUAGAUAUGGAACUUUGGAGCGGACUCAACGAGCCUCGGGUCGGGUCACCAAAGCCGUUUGCACUGAAAUCGCUAUGGAUGGAAAAGCGAUGUUCGCAUCCUUAUCCUUGA